CUGACUUUCAUACACCUUCACAAUGGCCCAAACACCGCAGCAAAGGAGGGCAAACCUCAAGUUCGCCAAGGAGACCGAAGCGCGCAUGGGCAAGUCGGAGAGCCAAAUCAAGAAGCGGGCCAAGGAUACGCCCAAGUCGCCCAUUUCCCCUUUCUGGCUCGCUCUUCUCGCCUUCGUCGUGUUCGGCGGCCUCAUCUUUGAGAUCAUCUCGCGCAUUUUCUUGCGAUAAUCGGUCGGAUGACUACGUGUGGAAGAUAAGAAACCGAAGGGAUAUACCGCAAAAGAUUACGCACAAGGGCCGGCCGCCCGACCGAGCGUUACGAGGGCGUUCUGCGCAAGGUGGAAGGGACCCGUUGAUACCGGGCCGAGUUACUCGACAAGGCCCGAGCCUGUUAUCUGCGCACAUGUACCACUAAUUCGGCCUCGUCCACAAAAACGAGGCUCUGAUUUUGCUAGCGUAUACCAUUCUACCGAGCAUUGAGGACGGCGGGUAACUUGGGGGGUUAAAAGUAUCAACAACAGCAAACGAGAAGCGACCUGCUCUCAGUGUUUACAUUUUUAGGCACCAAGUCCCCUGCGCUGGCCACCGCUUCCGAACUUCAUCUGAAUGCCGGCGUCGAACUGCUUUUCGAGCUCCUGCGACACCUGGUUGAUGUCGAACUUCUUCCGGGGGCCGUCCUUUGCUUCGGUGGCACCGACGGCGGCAACGCCCGCCUUCUUCCCACCGAGCAGCCUCAUGAACUUGUUUUGACGUGACUCGCCGCCACCAAGACCUCGAACGUUCCAUCGCUCAGCAAGGUCUUCGACCGGAGCAGUAGUAGUUGCGGGGGUCGGUGUUUCCUUCUCGGCCGACUUUUCCGGUGUCCCUGUCGACUUUCGCUUCUUCGAUUUAUCCUUCUUCGACUUCUUGUCCUUAUUCUUUCCUUCUGCACUCUCCUCGUUUUCCGGACCCUUGGUAACCUCGGCGCUCGCAUCGGCCAUCACUACAUCCCCAUCCUUCUCCUUGUGCUUGCGUUUCUUCUUUUUCUCCUUCUCUUCAGACCUCUGCUGUUCCUCAGCCUCGGGCAGACCCUCGGCACUCUUAUUUGCCUCGCUCUUGUUUUUGCUCUUCUUCUUCUUCUUCUUUUUCCUCUCCACAGUACCGUCCUCGAUAUCCUCCUUCUUUGCGCCCUCAACGGUACCCUUUUCGGCGUGUGGCUGAUCCCCGUUUGUCCCGCUUCUGGCCCCAUCAUGGCUUUUCUUCUUUUUUUCCUUCUUUUCAGACCCCCCCCUUUCGGACUCGGCCUCCUCCUCCUUCUUCUUCUUCUUGGGAGGCUCAGCCGCCUCCGCUUCUCUCGCAACCUUGACCUCAGCUGCAGUCUCCGUGUCGGCUAGCUCAUCGGAAGCAUCCCGUUUGCGCUUGAUAUCCUUCUUUUUCUCCUUCUUCGACUUCUUGGCGUUUGCUUUGGGCUCCUGCUGUGCCUCGGGAGACUUUGAUGCCUCUGGCUCAGUAGCAAUUGGCUUGCCUUCGGUGGACUUUUUGAGCUUCUUCUUCUUGUCCUUGAUGCUCGUGCCUGUUGCAGCUUGGCCAUCGACGGAUUCUUCUUUGGACUCCUUGGCCUUCUUCUUUGACUUCUCACCCAUCGUGCUGGUGAUGAUGAAGCGAUGAUGUGACGAAAAUUUGGCGGCGACUUGUUGUCUAUCCUCCAAUCACCAGAUGAGAGAGGUCUCAAACAUUCAAGCUGUGGUCAGCCAAAUU